AUGCAUCCUCUCACCCUUUUCCUCUUGGCAUCCUGCUUGCCCAACGUUCAGCUGAUGGAGGACCUGAAGGCACUGGAGGAAUUUGUGAACCGCCCUGACCCUCACUAUAAAUAUACCUUUGGCAAGAAGGAGGAGCUUCCCUUUUUCACAGACAUUGCCUUCCAACACUCUAUCAAGAUGACUUCACAGAAGUGGCUGGACGAAACUGAAGUGGACAAACCGGUUUGGUCACAUGUACUGGAUAUAAUUAUUCCCAAUAGAACUAAAAUUGGGGAAUCCUGCCUCUUGAUAAUCAAUUCCGGAAAAACUGCAGCAUCGGAAACAAUCCUGUAUGAGAAAGGAAACCUUAAAAUUCCAUAUUUACCAAUUAUAACUAAAUCGGCCUUGGCUGUGCUGAACACGGUUCCCGUCCAGCCACUCACCUUCUACAACCACCCUUUAGGCUGGAAGAAUAUUAAAGAAUACGAUAUAAUGGCAUAUUCAUGGUGGAGGUUUAUCAAUGACUCUUCUGUACCACCAGAGUGGCUUGUGCAAUUCCCGAUGGUCAAGGCCGCUGUGAGAGCCAUGGACACUGUCACAGACUACAUGAAGAAAACAUAUCAGAAAAAGAUUACCAAGUUCACAUUGACAGGUGUUGUCAUGAACGGAUGGACCACUUGGCUGACUGCAGCCGUUGACAAGAGGGUUGCUGCCAUUAUUCCCAUUGCCAUGGAUUUUUUGAACUUCACCGAGAAUUUCCUCCACCAAUACCGAGCAUAUUGCGGCUGGUCUUACGGGCUGAAACCUUUCCAUGACAUGAAUAUAAUGCAGAAGAUGGACGAUUCCCGCUUCUCUCUUCUGGCUUCACUCCUGGACCCCCUGAGUUACAAUGAACAAUACACAAACAUAUCCAAAUUAAUAAUUGAUGUAUCAGGGGAAGAAGUCUUUCUGCCCGACAACUCUUGUUACUACAUUAAUCAACUAGAGGGCCCGAAACUUCUCAACAUCAUCCCAAAUUCUGAUUUCAGAUUUCAAAAUAACUUGAAAACACUAAUGGAUCCGAUCGCUAGUUUCCAAUAUCGCAUAGCAAAUGAUUACCCACUUCCCACAGUUUCCUGGCAGAUAACAACGACAAAUAUGACCAAAAUCAUCCAUUUCCGUUCAAAGCCAGACCCCAAAGAGGUUGUUUGUUACUAUGCCAACACCAUUCGUGGUACCAGGAGAGACUUCAGGAUGAAGAUAGCAUCUGGCAACUCUUCUAAAAACAACCCUGUAAAAUGGAGUAAAGGAACUACAGAAAAAGUUAAAUAUGGUCUUUAUAAAUUGGAAAUGAAAAUACCAGCCAAAGGAUGGAGGGGAUUCUUCCUUCAGGCAACCUUCCACAGUGAUGGCAGUUAUGUUGAGUUGAUAGUAACAUCAGAUCUUCACAUCCUCCCAGACACUUACCCCUGUUCUGACUGCAACGGUGAUGGAUGCCAUGGAACGUUGGUUUGA